AUGGCAGCACCAGGAAGCAUGGCCAAUGGAGUGCUUGUGUUCAUGCCCCCAAACAACGCUGGCAUCAUCCACCAAGGCCAGGGAGUCUCUGGUGCCAUUUCCCAGAUUCCUGAGAUGGUGCAAUAUGGGCCUCAGCAGUUCAGGGUCAUGAACCCUGGGAACCAACCUCUUGGGUCAGUGUACCCCAGUAGUCCCGCUGAGCAGGUCGAGCAGCUGAAGAAAGUAGGGAUGAUGGAGAGAUUCCUCAAAGCACAGCCCAAGACACUGGGGGCCAUCCAGAUCCUGAUUGGGCUGAUGCACAUUGGCUUUGGGGGUGUGUCUGCAGUUUUCGUCGUAUACCACUUUUACGUUUCCAUCUCCGUUAUUGGAGGGUACCCGUUCUGGGGAGGACUUUUUUUCGUCAUUUCUGGAUCCCUCUCGGUUGCAGCUGAGAAUCAUCGCAACACCUGUCUGGUGAGAGGCAGCCUGGGAAUGAACAUCACUAGUGCCAUCUUCUCAGGCAUUGGGAUCAUUCUCUUCCUAACGGAGCUGAUUAUUAAUGCGUCAGAUUACAGCCACGACUAUGAGGGUGCUGCAAAGGGGAUCAUGGUCAUGCUGUUCUUGAUGACCAUCCUGGAGUUCUCCAUCGCUGUCUCAAUCUCAUACUUUGCGUGCCAAGCCAUCUGCUAUACCCCCAACACCGCAAUGUUCAUGCAAUAUGCUGCCAAUGCAAAUUUUGGGAUUCCUUCUGCACCAAUGGCCUCUCCACCACCUUACACCAAUGUGGCUUAUGACCCCAAAGAAGAGAUCGCGCAAGGGGCCUCAUAA